GGGCGGUUUGCCAUAUGCAGCCAGCACCGCCGCCACGGCCCCAGCACUGCAGGCGACUGUUGCUGCUGCUGCUGCUGCUGGGGGGCAGCUUGCUUCUGGCUGUACACUAUGUCGCAUGUUUACGCUUCUGCUUGUCGACGGCUUCGCUCGGAGAGGGGGGGCCGCCACAGCUGCGCGGGCGCACAUUCCUGCGAGGGUUGUGGAACAUGGGAAUCAAUCAAAAAUGUGAGACAGAUGAUGCAGCCCAGCCCAAGCCAGCCGGCGGCCCAGACAGAGCGCUCCGAACGGGAUGCCACACCUCCCAAAUCUCGGCAACCACACGAGCCACAGACGCCCAGGGCCGCACGCGCCACGGGGACGCCGACUCAUCCAAAAGCCAAGUGCAUCAUCGACAGAAGCAACCGGGCCUCGAAAGCCAAGCCAAGCCAAGCCAAGCCCUGUCCGCCAGUGUCUUUCCGUCCCUUUCAGUCCUCUCAGGGCUUUGAUCUCC